AUGAUUGUUGCAGGUGGCAAAACCAGCUAUGUGCUACACAAAGUGGAAGCAAUCGAUGAAGCUAACUUGGGAUACGACUACAGCAUAGUGGGAGGGACUGGGUUGGAUGAAAGUUUGGAGAAAGUGUCAUUCGAGAUUAAGGUGGUGCCUGGCCCUGAUGGUGGGUCCAUUGGAAAGGUCAAUGUCAAAUACUAUACCAAAGGUGAUUCAGUGCUAUCGGAAGCGGUGCGUGAGGAAACAAAGUCAAAGGGAAAUGGACUUUUCAAGGCCAUCGAGGGUUACGUUUUGGCAAAUCCUGAUUACUAG